AUGCACACAGGCCAACCAUUCUUUCCCGAAAAUCCCAAUCUCCCUUUCGGGCUCGGAGAUCAAAAAAUUGGUUAUUACACUCAAAAUGCUCCAAUGGCAGCUGUCUUAAACGGGUUUGUGCCACCUGGAAUCAAACCACGCACCUUUCCUUUCCACAAUGUCAACGUUCAACCUUCGAAUGCGUGCCCUCGAAAUUUCAUAAUCUUUGACCAAACUAACAAGGAAAGCCAGGUCAUGUACAAUCCCGAGAUGAGCUCGAAAUUUCUCCAAACUUCGAAUUUUGAAGCCGUCACGCCUUUUUUUCGAGAUGAGUUGGUCCAAAAAGACCCGAACGCGAACAGUGAUCACAAUAAUAUUAGUUCCUCGUUCGAAGAGGACUACAAUGAUAUCGAUGCACUUUUGAGUAGCGAAUAUGAAGAAAAUGAAAUCGAGGAUGAUGAGGUCAGCACGGCAAGAAAUGGCGUGUAUUAUGACUGCAGUUCACCUGAUUCUUGCUCGAAUUACGAGCCGGUGCCCAAAAAGAAACGAACAGUUUUCGGUAAAUCUUCUGGAAUUCGAGGGAAUGAAAAGAAGAAGAAGCAUAAUAAGAGAAUGAAGAAAAUGGUGAAGGCUUUGAGAGGAAUUGUUCCGGGUGCGAACCGGAUGACUGCUGUUGAAAUUUUGGAUGAAAGUGUUCGUUAUUUGAAGUCUCUCAGGGCAGAGGUUCAGAAGCUUGGAGUCGAGAGCUUCGAAGGGUGA